UUUCAAGUAGAAAUGUCAGUCAAUCGAUGAAAUACAUUUGAGUUAGAACUAGUUUCAUGUUAUUUAAAAAAAAUAAAAAAAUAAAAAAUAAAAAGUUGAUAAAUAUUAUUAUUAUUGAAUAUUAUUCAAAGAUGUCUGAAGAUAAGGAUACUACGUUAGGAGAGCUGACCAAAGAACAUUAUCCACCAGCUGAAAAUUAUAAAAAUGCAGCGAAUAUAUUUUUUAAAAACAAAGAAUAUGACAAAGCUAUCGAAAUGUAUACAAAAGCGAUUGAUUUAGAUAAAAAGAACGCAAUCUACUAUGCAAAUAGAAGUUUAGCCCAUCUGAGACAAGAGUCUUUUGGAUCAGCUCUGGAAGAUGGUAUAUUAGCUGUUAAGUAUGAUCCAACUUAUUUGAAAGGAUAUUAUAGGCGAGCGGCCGCUCAAAUGUCUUUGGGAAAGUUCAAAAAGGCACUUUCGGACUUUGAAUUCGUUGCCAAACGGAAACCACACGACAAAGAUGCCGCAAUGAAAUAUACAGAAUGUAAUAAAUUAGUUCGGAAACAAGCGUUUGAAAAAGCCAUUUCAAGUGAUGUUCAAGAAAAAACCUUAGCAGAAAUACAUUGUGACUUAGAAGCAAUUCAAAUCGAAGAUGAAUACGAUGGGCCAAAGCUAGAAGAUGGGAAAAUAACACCGAAAUUCAUGGAAGAACUCAUGGAAUUUUUUAAAGCUCAAAAGAAGCUACAUAGAAAAUUUGCCUACAAGAUUCUAUGCGAUAUUGAUGCAUAUUUCCGAAAACAACCAUCUUUGGUUGACAUUGCUGUUCCGGAUAAUUCAAAGUUCACAGUUUGUGGCGAUAUUCAUGGUCAAUUUUAUGACUUAAUGAAUAUUUUUAAAAUAAAUGGAUUUCCCUCACCAGAAAAUCCGUACCUUUUCAAUGGCGAUUUUGUUGACAGGGGAUCGUUUUCAGUUGAAUGUAUUUUCACUUUAUUUGGCUUCAAGCUUUUAUACCCAGAUUAUUUCUUCUUAUCUCGUGGAAACCAUGAAAGCUAUAAUAUGAACCAAAUGUAUGGUUUUUCAGGGGAGGUUGUAGCCAAGUAUACUAACACAAUGUCAACGAUGUUCACACAGGUUUACAACUGGUUGCCAUUAUGUCACUGUAUAAAUAACCGUGUACUUGUUAUGCACGGAGGUUUAUUUGCACAAGAUAAUGUUACAUUAGAUGACUUGCGUAAUAUUGAACGUAACCGUCAACCACCCGAAGAAGGUUUAAUGUGUGAUUUGCUCUGGUCUGAUCCACAACCACAGAACGGACGUGGAUUUUCGAAACGUGGAGUUGGUAUUCAGUUUGGUCCUGAUAUAACGGAACAGUUUUGUGCUGCAAAUAAACUCGAUUAUAUUAUCCGAUCCCAUGAAGUUAAAGCUAUUGGAUACGAGAUUGCCCACAAUGGAAAGUGUAUCACAGUUUUUUCCGCUCCUAAUUACUGUGAUACAAUGGAUAAUCUGGGUGCAUUUAUAACUUUGAAUGGAAAGGAUAUGAACCCAAAUUUUACUACAUAUGAAGCAGUGCCACACCCAAACGUUAAACCUAUGGCAUAUGCCGGAUCUUUAAUGUCUAUGCUCACAUAACUUUGAUUUGUAAUGACUGUUAAAAUUGAAAACAAACAUUAUGAAUAAAUAUAAAUGAAAAAGUCCAAAAAUUCGCACGAAUUGGUCGAUUUUUCAUGGUGACGGAUUUCCAAUCAUUACUUUAAA